UCAGAGUAGUAUCCACGGCUGCUAUAGACACGCUGCUCCUUCAGUGUAACCAGAGACUUAAGAGAUUUUUGGGUCGCUCGCUUGAAACUCAUCUGGGUUUGCGUGGAGCGAAUCAUUCAUGAGCGCAAUGCUGGCGUGAGUGGAACACGGCGCGUGAAGCUUUCACAGCUGUUUCGUUGUCAGCGCACAGAAACUGAAUUAUUGAGUCACAGCGAACGAAAAGGAGAUGAACGUUACAAUGACUCCACUGCUCUUGCUGGACACUGUCUCCUUUUAAAACUGAAGACUGGAUUUUUUCUCCAAGGGAAGUAAAGUGAAUUGUUAAAACUUGUCCCCGUGGUGCCUUUUCUGUGGAUUUAGUGGUUUUGGCUUCGCAAGGGACCGCAUCACAACUCGAACACUCUGCGAAGCACUGAGAAUCUAAUCAGGACAGCUGGACUUUGUGCAUUGUAUCGAGCAAGGAGAGCCUCUUACUCAGAGGUCAUCGUACAGCCAAACAUGUUUUAUUUUUGAUGGAUUUCUAAGGCUAUCGCCUAAAUCAUUACUUAGUAGCCAUAGAAAGGUGGCUAAGGAGCGCUUUUGGGAUAUUUAGAUAUACGCACGACUAAUGCGAACUUCUAAGACCAACUCAUUCGAAGGAAACUAAAUACCACUGGUUCCUUAUCGCCCAAUUCGGGGAUUGGACAAAGUGCACGGGAAAAGGUUUGCAACAACAGAGGAACACACAGAGGUUGCCAAUGCCUAGAGUCAGCAUUUGAAGCUAUCACUCUCUCCCUCACACAAGACAUAUUACCUCAGCAAAAUGUCAAGCAUCUAUAAGGUCUUCAUUAUCCUGUGCCUGGCAGAAUUAGCAAUAUCAAGAGGCUCUAAAGAUCCCAGAGUGUCCCGGCCUGCUUUCCAGCCAGGCUUCCCCAUGAACACCACCGUACCGGUCGGGGGGCAGGUGAAGCUGGUGUGCAAAGUCCACAGGCCAGCCAAGACAUGUCUCCAGUGGCUGAAGAAGGAGAGUGAUCGGCUGGGUCCCAAUGGCUCUCCGCAUCUUAAGGCCCUCACGCCUCUACAAAAGAACAUCAGCAAAGUCAACACUCUUGCCCUAGUGAAUGUCUCCUUGGAGGAUGCAGGAGAGUAUAUAUGUAUGGCAGAGAACGCUGCUGGACAGACGUCUCGCUCAGCCUGGGUGGAGGUCUUAUCAGAAACCCUUCCCGUUAAUCCAAUGGCUCCACUUACUGCGCCAGAAACAGCAUCAGACAUAUCUGAAGAGCUAAGUGAAGAGAAAUCAGAACACCUUCACCUAGAGCCAGGCGAAGUGCUGAAGCUGCGCUGUGACACAAAUUGCCCUGGAGCUGUCCACUGGUACAAAGGCGGCAUGCGGGUGCAGCAUACCUCUCGUAUCCAGAUUAGAGCAAGAGUCAUGGAGAUCGCAGAUGUUACGUAUGAUGACUCUGGGGUAUAUGUGUGCAUGCUCCAUGCUACCCAGGAGGCUCUGCACAACUUCACCAUCACAGUGACAGAUGCCCCGGGAUCUGGAGAUGAUGAUGAGGACAAUGGUUUAGAAGACUCUGUUACUGAGAUAGAAAAUGACCAGGUCUAUUUAGGGCCCUACUGGACUCACACUCAACGGAUGGACAAAAAGCUCUAUGCAGUCCCUGCUGGAAACACAGUUAAAUUUCGCUGUCCUGCUACAGGAAGCCCUAUUCCCACAAUCAGCUGGCUAAAGAAUGGUAGAGAAUUCCGAGGGGAGCACAGGAUUGGGGGGAUCAAGCUCCGACAACAGCACUGGAGCCUGGUCAUGGAGAGCGUGGUACCAUCAGACCGUGGGAACUACACUUGCGUGGUGGAGAACAAAUAUGGCUCCAUCUCUCACAGCUACCUCCUGGACGUGCUGGAGCGCUCCCCACAUAGGCCUAUUCUGCAGGCUGGGUUACCAACCAAUGCUACAGCAGUAGUGGGAGGCGAUGCCCAGUUCCAUUGUAAGGUCUACAGUGAUGCCCAGCCUCAUAUUCAGUGGCUGAAGCACAUUGAGAUGAAUGGCAGUCGUUAUGGUCCUGAUGGCUUUCCCUACGUCAAGGUCAUCAAGACAGGCAGCCUGAAUAUGUCUGAGGUGGAGGUCCUGUAUCUGACAAAUAUCACAAUGGAGGAUGCUGGGGAGUACACCUGUUUGGCUGGAAACUCUAUUGGCAUCUCUUACCAGUCUGCAUGGCUUACUGUCUUAACAGAAGAAGAAGUGGCCAAAGAGAUGGAUCUUAUGGAGACCAAGUACACCGACAUCAUCAUCUAUGCCUCAGGAUUCAUCGCAUUGGUGAUGGCCAUUGUGAUUGUGGUCUUGUGCCGAAUGCAGGUUCACCCCAGCCGAGAACCCUUUGAUGCCCUCCCAGUGCAGAAACUUUCUAAGUUUCCUCUGCGCAGACAGUAUUCUGUGGAGUCCAACUCCUCUGGGAAGUCCAGCGCUUCUCUAAUGAGGGUGGCCCGUCUGUCCUCCAGCUGUUCGCCAAUGCUUGCUGGAGUCAUGGAGUUCGAACUGCCCUAUGAUCCUGACUGGGAGUUCCCAAGAGAGAAUCUGACUUUGGGGAAACCUCUCGGAGAAGGCUGUUUCGGUCAGGUUGUAAGAGCAGAGGCUUAUGGGAUAAACAAAGACAAUUCAGAUCAAUUAACCACCGUGGCAGUCAAAAUGCUGAAAGAUGAUGCAACUGACAAAGACUUGGCUGACCUUAUCUCUGAGAUGGAGCUUAUGAAAGGCAUGGACAAACACAAGAACAUUAUAAAUCUUCUUGGUGUUUGCACUCAAGAUGGUCCACUCUAUGUCCUGGUUGAGUAUGCAUCCAAAGGCAGCCUGCGGGAGUACCUGCGAGCACGUCGUCCUCCCGGCAUGGACUACACCUUCGACGUGACCAAGGUUCCAGAAGAACAGCUCACAUUUAAGGACCUGCUCUCCUGCGCCUACCAAGUGGCACGUGGCAUGGAGUACCUGGCCUCUAAAAGGUGCAUUCACAGAGAUUUAGCAGCAAGGAAUGUUCUUGUGACAGAGGACAAUGUCAUGAAAAUAGCAGAUUUUGGCCUAGCCAGAGGAGUGCAUCAGAUCGACUACUACAAGAAAACCACCAAUGGACGUCUACCAGUGAAAUGGAUGGCACCAGAGGCCUUGUUUGACAGAGUCUAUACACACCAGAGUGAUGUUUGGUCCUUUGGUGUCUUGAUGUGGGAGAUUUUCACAUUGGGAGGUUCACCAUACCCUGGAAUCCCAGUAGAGGAGCUCUUUAAGCUGCUGAAGGAAGGCCAUCGUAUGGACAAACCCUCAAACUGCACACAUGAACUCUACAUGAAGAUGAGAGAAUGCUGGCAUGCAGUUCCGACACAAAGGCCAACCUUCAAACAGCUGGUGGAGGAGUUGGACAGAGUGCUGCUUUCCAUUUCAGAUGAGUACCUGGACCUGUCUACCCCCUUUGAACAGUACUCCCCAUCUUGUGAGGACACUUCCAGCUCUUGCUCCUCAGACAAUGAUUCAGUGUUUACCCAUGAUGCUUUGUCAACCGAUCCAUGUUUGCUUGGUUAUGACGUGCGUUCCCGGAUAGACAUGAAGACAACACUACGGUAGAGUCUUAGCCAGCGUUGGACUUCAGCUUGUGGAUAUCAUUGGGAAGUGGUACAGGGACUUGUCCUUCGAUUCUCUGCCCAAGAACAUUGUAACAAUGCUUGGCACUACAAAACCUGGUGAAGACAAAGGCAGCCUCAAAUAAUCAGGUUCCUAAUACAGUAACUGGACUGCUUGGUCAUAAAGCUAUUUAGUCUCAGUUUCCAUUGAGGAGGAUGGAUGCUGCUUAUUAUGUAUAAAGUCCUGAGUAUCUGAGCGGCAUAGAAACUGGAAUGUUCUGAAACCAGAUUUUUUUAAAAGAGAGAACAUUUAUUUUGAUAUAAAAGCUAAUAUCAUUGGUAAAUAUAAAAUUUUCUCUAUAUAAAAUUAUUGUACUUUUUCUAUUUAAAGAGUUGUCUUAAAUCUCAGGAUCUCGCAAGGUAAAGUUGCUGUAGUUGCAGCAAGGUGCCUGAAUUUUGAUUUCCUGUGAAUAUCUAAAAAUAUUUUAUGUACAUAUCAUUAAAUAAGACAAUUACAUUUUAUAAAUUAUUCUAAAACAUAUGAAGUGAAGGUGCUGGGUGCAGAACUUAUGUAAAUCUGCAUUGGACUCCAAAAAGAAUCUAUUCCUGAUUUUUUUUUCUUCCUGUGCAGCACAAUUGCAAUAGCUUUUGUACACUGCUCAGGCCAUUGUAUGCAUUCACGGACUGGUCAGGAUCCAAUUCACUAUGGUUUAGUUUAUAUGUAGAUGGUUUGCAAGCACGGUGUGGUGAGACUGCUCCCACCACAAAGCUGAGUACUAUUCACACUAAGAGGCUGUAGGGACCAGGAACGCUGCCACUGUCAGUACUGUACAGAGAGAAAAGGUUUGGGUUGAAUGUGAAAACUACCCUUGAGAUUGAUUGAUUUAAAAUGGGUGAAUCCUCUUUUGUUUCACCGUAACCUUUUACCUAGCACAGUUUGUUUGCGGGGUCCAAGCACAGGCCAUGGGUGGACAAUGGACCCAUGCAGCUGUAAUGGGUGUGACUUGUGGGGCAGGGUGAUUUGGGGGCUGUCUCAGCCUGUGUGCAAAUGAGGGAGUCCCUUAUUAUGGUAAUGAUUCCAGCUGCCCAUCUUUCUCCUGCACCGUCUUUUUAAUAUACAAAUGCUAAUGCUGGCCUUUCUCAGUAAACUCUGCUAUGUUCUUCAGGCUUCAUCCAUAAGCUGAUAAGGGUGCUUUUUUAUAUAUAUAUUGGGUCACCCUACUGCUUCUUUGCAUUCGCUGCCAGGGAUGCUCCUGCAAUCCCCCGCCCCUGGCCUGGCGACACUUUGGCCCAGCAUAUGCGUGAUAACUGACCAGAGGGUCCCUGUUUUGUCACGAGGGUGAAAUUUACCCGGUGUGUCACCAUUUCAGAAGUGGAACAUUUCAAUACCUACCGCUAGAACUCAAACUUAUACUUAUCUAAUAAGACAACUACAGCAAGGUUUGGCCUGACCACACACCAAACUCUUCCGCUCAGUGUGUUUCUUCAUACAGCCCUACAAAGUCCAAAGUUAUUUUCCUAAGAUGAAGAAAGCAGAAAAAAACUUGUGCUGCAUGACAUUCCAUUUAUGUAUUCCUCAUUGAAUCUGUAACAAUCAAUGUUCUUAUGCAUUUUCCCUUGAGAGAAUUAUUUUAGAAAUAUCUAAUUUAUUUGUUUAUUGUGUUGUUUUUAUUAAAUAAAAUAUAAUUUAAACUA